GUCCGCUCCGCAGCAGCCCCAGUGGGUGCAGUGAGACUGGCAGGCGUUGCAUGGUGUUGUUUUGUGAGAAUGGGUCGCAUCUCUCUCCUCCUGGCAGGGCUGCUGCUGGUGUGUGUUUGUGAUCCAGCCCUCAGCGCUUCUCUAGAUGAGCACUCUCUAUUUUACACCUACACGGCUCUGUCCCGACCCCUCGACCUUCCUGGAAUCUAUGACUUCAUUGCACUGGGAACACUCGAUGACCGAGAACUCGACUACUACAACAGUAAGAGUCAGAUUAAGGUUCCUAAACAGGAUUGGAUGGCGAAGAAGAUGGCUGCGGAUUACUGGGAGAAAGGCACUCUGUCCCGCAAGAGCAAAGAGCAGUGGUUUAAGGUCAACGUGGACAUCCUGAUAGAUCGUAUGAGACACAAUAAGUCCGAUCUUCAUGUUCUUCAGUGGAGACAUGGCUGUGUGAUUGAUAAAGGUCCAGAUGGAAGUAUUAAAUUUCUGAAAGGAAUUGAUGAGUACAGCUACGAUGGCACUGAGUUCCUCUCCUUCGAUGAGGUGAACUCGAGGUGGAUUGCUCCAGUCGCAGCUGCUCAGGUGACCAAAAGGAAAUGGGAUGACGUGGACAUCCUGAACCAGUACACCAAGGGUUACCUGGAGAAGGAGUGUGUGGACUGGCUCACCAAGUUCAUGGUUUAUGGAGAAGAGCAGCUGAAAAACCAUUCUGCUCCAGUGGUGCAUGUGUUUACAAAGAAAGCAUUAACUGACCCCGGCAAGCUGACCCUGACCUGCCUGGUCACAGGGUUCUACCCUAAAGAUGUCAGAGUGUCUUUGAGGAAGCUCAAAACUUCUCUACCUGAACAUCUGGUCACAUCCAGUGGAGUCAGACCUAAUGGUGAUGGCACCUACCAGGUGAGGAAGAGUGUGGAGAUCCUGAAGAAUGCAGAGACAAUGUACGAUUGUUAUGUGGACCACAUCACCCUUAAAGAACCAAUAAUUUCUCCACAAAACCAAGCACCUCCAUGCCUCGAUUGUACUGUACCAAAGAUUCAGAGUGGGAUUAUCGGAGGAAUAGUCGGAGUUGGAGUCACACUGCUUGUGGUGGGAUGUGUUUGUGGCAUCCUUAUAAGGAUGGGAAGAUUGUCUUGUCGACCUCUGAGUAGAUGCUCAACAAGCAGCAAUGUUCAAAUGUUAUCUCCAGCGCAAAUGCCACUGACUGGAGCUGCAGCUGCGCCAGCGGCUGCGCCAGCGGCUGCACCAGCGGCUGCGCCAGCGGCUGCACCAGCGGCUGCGCCAGCGGCUGCACCAGCGGCUGCGCCAGCGGCUGCACCAGCGGCUGCGCCAGCGGCGGCACCAGUGACUGGAUCAUGUUCUAUUGAUAUGAACAAUGUUGGAUCAGAAAAAAAAGAUGAUAAAGAUUCUGAGUCUCACAGCUCUCAAGACUCUGGCCAGGGUGGCAGUUCUGGAUCAGAAAAGAGCAGCCAGGAGGACAUUAAUAAUGGAGCCUCCGAUAAUCUUGAUGGAGAUGAAGAGGAACGUAAGGAAUUGUUACCAAAAUGAGUUUAAUCGUACAAGUUUGAUAAUACACCAGAAAGUGGCCUGAACUUUUUUUUGGAAGAAGAAGAAAAUGUAUUUGACCCAUAGCAUUAAAGUAUUUGGCUGCAAUCUUUUUUUGAAGAAAGUUGGAUACUCCGAUACCAAAACUCUAAAAGCUUUUGUUCUUUGAACAUCCUAGAAACUCCUGCACAGAUAAUAGCAUUGAUUUCUCAAAUGCCUGAAAAGCUAUAAAGCAUUAUUUGUAAGGUUAUAUUUUGAAAUGAAAGUUUAAGGCAUUGCUCAUUUUGAAAGAAGAUUGAGGGUCGGCUGUCCUUCCCGGAGGCUGGUUUAAAAAUCGUCUGUGUCUCCGAAGAUGUUUUAAAGCAAUAAUCAAACAUAGGCUGUGACAAAAAAAAAAAAGGUAACGUGUGAUGUCAGUUUGUGAGCGUAUAGAAUAGUGACUGUUAAUCCCAUGUCUUUCUUCUGAUAGAUGAUCGGGGUGAGUUUCCCAAAAGCUUCUUAACACUAAGAUCAUCUUAACUAGGAUACUCACGCUACUGUUUAAUGAUGAUCUUUGUGCAACGAUGCUUUUGGGAAACCCGCUCCAGGUCAGUUAGUUAAAAUCAGCAAGGAUGUAUUGAUUGAUUGCUUGCUUUAUUCCGAACAGUAAAGAAGAUAUAAAAAUAAACAAAAAAUAAAAAAAUAUUUUACAUACAUAUUGUAUAGAUGGAGAGAGGAAAGAAGGGGAUUAGCAGAAGAUAAAAGAAAAAGCUUCCCGCUGUUAGAAAUGUGUGCAUACUACUGUGACAAGAAAAAUCCUCCAGUUUUUAGUGGCUGGAUAUUUUGGGGGAUAGUUUCUGUUCAUUUUAGAUUUCAGUUUUUGAGACGAUGUAGUGGGAGUGAAUAUUUUUUUUGACACUGACAGCCCUGAUCCUUUCACAUGCUCUCAAAUAGAAUCUCACCAUAUUUUAAGAAAACUUCACUAAAUAUGACACAUGUAUAUGUUCAUGCUCGGAUAAGGUCUUUGUAAUUGUGACUUUCUAUCUCAAUCUGGUGAUGACUGGGCCUCUUUAAAAUGGACUUAAAAGUUUCAGCAUCAACUUCCUCCUGUUUAUUAAUUAAAAAAGGUAUAAAAAAAAAUUACUGCUUACAUUUAUUAUACGAUUUUCCGCCCCUCUAAUAGCAUUAACAUCUUUAUUGCUUUAAUGGAAUUUCUUGUAAUUGGGAUGGUACUUUUUUUUUCUUAAAUAGAAUUGUAUAAUAGUUUUGCUUAUUAUUGAUGUUACUAUAUCAUUAUACAGUAAAACAUUGUGGAGUGGCUUGUAUCUUUUGUUUUACACUUUCUUUUAUUGAAUUUUUAUUGAAUAUUUCAAUGGAAAACAUGGAAUUCAGAAUAAAAGUUACAUUAAAUCA